AUGUCAGCAGAAGGAUCAAGUCGACCACGUCCAUUAUUGGAAACAGCACAUCACAUUCAUCAUAAGAUCGCCUGGAAAGCUAUUAAUGUCGAUACAAAGCGUGUAAUUUUUCGGUGUGACGGUGUCUGCAAAGAUGAUCCAAAGUAUAAUGUACAUACACUGGGUGAUCCGAGGAACCCACUAACAAGAUUUCGUAAUGUGGAAUCGAUCGACCUUCCACUACCUUCUUUUGUUUUGGACAAUAACUCGGUUGGACCGCAACCAAAACGUGAAGUUUCCAUAUUUGGUUUGAAUGAUAACAUAAAUAAUGCAUUUUUGACUGAUAUGUGCCAAAAGACCGGUCAAAUUGUUGAGGUAUUCGUAUAUAUGCAUCCUCGAACAAAAAAACAUUUGGGCAUGGCAUACGUUGUCUUCCAGGAUGUUGGUAAAGCUGAAUUGUUUGUUGCAAAAAAUGACGGUACUUCAGUUAUGGGACAAACAAUUAAGUGUAUUAUUGAUCCAUAUGCGAAGGAAAUAAGUCGACGCUAUGAAGAGCGAGCAGUGGAAACAGCACCAAUACCUCAUUACUUAUCACGCUUGGAUCAUAACAGACUAAUUGAGUUUCGAAGAGUCAGCUGUACAAGUACUUCUGAAUGUAAAAGCAUUCUCAUAAGUUCAUCACCUCCUACCAAUGCUCAACAAUCCAGUGAUUUUGAAGCAUCAGAACUGUCAUCGAAAAAACAAUCUGUAGAAUCUGAAGCGGCUUCUCAUCGUCAAGUGCAUCAGCAAUCGGCUGAAGCUGCAUUGGCGAAAGUAGCACAUAUCGGAAAUGUGGUACCAUGUAAUGAACGUACGACAGUUCCACCAAUAGCCGGAUAUUUUGCUUCAUCGACAACAUCUCCUUCCGCUACAACUUCAUGUCCAUUGUUAAAAACAACACAUCAAACAUUUUGUUCCCAUCAUUUCAUUUCUCAUCAACAAUCGCAGACGCCGUUUACUUACCACCAUUCGAUGCCAGUCAAUCCGAUAUCUCCUCUUCCUAAUUUUCCACCAGUUUCACCUUCCGUCAGUGUUUUCUCAUCCCUUCCACCAAUAGCUGGACGAAUGCCAUUUCCUAUAUGGUCUAAUCUGCCAUCAUCACCUUUGCGAUCUUCAGAUAAUACUUGGCCAAGAGCAAAAGCAGUUGUGUCUGCUCCGGUACAACCGCAAGUCCUAUCCAUAAGAAGUCCGGCACCAACAGCAUUAAAUUUUGUUUCAACUGCUUACCAAGCUGUACCAAGUACUUCAUCUUGCGAGGAAGUUGCUCCGAUGGAUCCAGCACCGUCGAAAGAAAAUGAGGAAAGGAAAAAACCGAAAACAGCUGUUGCAAGUGUACAGAGAAGAAAACGAAAUGUUUCAGGCUAG